GACCCUCCCAAGAUGGCGGCGCCGCCCGGAGCUGUUUUUCUCUGUGCGUCGGGCCCGCCCCUAGGCCGCUCGUCUGAGUGAGGGCUGCGGGGGCUGCCAUGGAGCCGCGGGCGGAGCGAGAGGCCGCUGCUGGGAGCCCCCCCAGCCUCUUCGAGCUGAGUGGGGCGGUGGUGAGCUCCGCCAUGGGGACCCUGGAGAGAGAGGUUUGGGCACUCCCUGGACAGAUACUCCAAGGCAUCCUGCCUUUGCUUAAUAUCUAUUACCUGGAAAGGAUUGAGGAACCUGCUUUGAAAAAAGGACUCUCAACCCAGCCCAUAUGGCACAAACUCUGGAACGAUGUGAUGAAAAUCAGACCACCCAAGUCAGAGAACAUAAAAAAUUGGAGGAAGAAGUUCCUUGAAACUUUCUUCUCAAAUGUCCUGCAUGGAGUUUUGGAUGUUUCUUCAGAUCCGCGCCUGAGUGACCGUCGUUUUUCACCCCUGCUCCACAGCUCACGGCAUGUUACACAGCUCACCAUCUGUAACAUGCUGCAGGGGGUAGCAGAGCUCACUGCUGAGCGCAACCAAAGAGUGCUAGAAAACCUGGCUGGCUCACUGAGAACCUUGAAGUUCCGUCAUCUGCUGACCUCCGAUCUGUCCAUUAGACAGUCACUAAGUUUGCUGCUUCAUCAUCUGAUCCACCAUGGAGCUGUCAGCCAGGUGUCCAUGUGUUCCUGGCCAGUUCCUGACAAAGUACUUUUAGUCCUCAUUCUGAGUAUGAGUGCUGGGUUUUGGCACCCAGGUAAGACACUUAUGCACCAGGGUAGCCCUUGCAGUCUUUGCAGAGAGGAGUCUGAUGCCCAAGGCCUGCUAACUCAAGAGAAUGGUGCCCUGCUAGGGUCAAAUCAGCUGUGCUGCAGCUCUACUGAGCAAUCAGAGACCAGCCAGUGGGGUGAUAGUGAGUCAAGAAGCAAGAAGGUCCAAGCUGCUUCAGCCGUAGCACUUCAAGAAGCUGAUCCAGACUCUCAAGCAUCUAUAGAACUGUCCAGGAGCAGUAGUGGCACUGUUAAAACUCCAGUGCUCUGUGGAUUAAGGAGCCACCCUUUGCAAAACCUAGCAUGUCAAGAUGUAAGCUGCAAGGUGCCCCCUGAGUAUUACAUUAAAGGAGAGUCUUCUCCUUCUCUACCAAAAAGGUCUUCGGUUGGCCCAGCUUUCCAAAAGCCCUAUAGACGGUUUAAGACUGCAGUGGGGAGAAAGCGCCGCUGCCCCAGGAGAAACCGCAGAGCUCGUGCAGACCCAGAAGAUCUUUAUGAUUUUGUCUUUGCCGUUGCUAGGGAAGAGGAGGAGAUGGCAGAGUCGCUCUAUGAAAGCAAUGCCCAGGAGAGGGAAAGCAUUGAUGACUGGGCCCCUUCCCCAGCAGACACUCCUAGCUUUGAGGAUGUGGGCUGCACGGAAGGAGGAUCUGUCGGAAUCAUUCCUCUGAAAGCGGCUUGCCACUUCCGAAGUAUCUCCACGCUGGAAUUGUUCUCCAUCCCUCUGACUGGGGACACCUGUCGGGCUUUGGGGAACCUGCUGAGCUCUUGGGUAUCUUUAGAAAAGCUGGUUCUGUCUUACAAUGGCCUGGGCGCUAAUGUCUUCUGCAUCCUGUCUGGGCUCCGGGCCCUCUCUCACCGCAGAGACUGCAGCCUCCGCGUGGUGCGUGUGAGUGACGUGUUCUCACACAUCCCUUCAGUGGAGCUUGUUUGGUCAAUCCUGACUGCCUUCCCCCGCCUUCACACUCUCUCGGUCAGCUUUGAUCUCAAAAACCAGCUGGAGGGGAACAGGCCAGAAGGGCAUUCGAGCUCGGAGGCAGAAAUUCCAGAGAGCUGCCUGGAACAGUUAGAGAUCCGAUUCCCCAGAGAACCUCUGCAGACCAGUCUCCUUUUGCCUGUGUUGAAAGCCUCAAGGUCUCUCCAGCAGUUGUCCCUGGACAGUGCUACCAUUUCAUGUCCCCUGGAGUUUGGGCUCCUUCUGCAGGCACUCAAAGAGUGUAAUCCAGGCCUGAAGAGACUGAGUUUCCAUGAUGUGAACCUUGCUGACUACCAGAAGGAAGUUCUCCUCCUGCUGCAGGACCCUGUCCUUCAAGAAAUUACAUUUUCCUUUUGUCGGCUAUUUGAAAGCUGCACCGCUGAGUUUCUAUCUGACAUAAUCCAAAUAGUGAAGAGAAAUUCAACUCUGAAGAGCCUCAAAUUGCCUGGAAACAGACUUGGGAAUCACAGGUUGGUUGCCUUAGCUGACAUUUUCUCUGAAGAUUCAUCCUCUUCCAUCUGCCAGUUGGACGUCAGCUCAAAUUGCAUCAAGCCCGACGGGCUCCUGGAGUUUGCAAAGAAGCUGGAGAGCCACAUCCUGCAGAGAGGUGGGCAGAUCAAGUUUACCCACCUCCGCCUCUUUCAGAACUGGUUGGACCAAGAUGCUGCAACAGCUCAAGAGGCGCUUCGGCGGCUCAGAGCUGUGUGCAGCGUGGUCAGCAACACAUGGGACUCUUCGCAGGCCUUCGCUGACUACAUUAGUGUGAUGUAAUGAGCGCCCAGGAACUGCUGUAAAAUCGAUAGCGAUAGCUUGAAAUAAAGUUGUACAGAACAGUG